CCCCGCCCGUCUCGCCUCAUUUGGACUGCGGGGAUAACGACCCGGACCGUGAUACCCCGCGCGCAGACCAACGGAGCAGGUGCGGGUGGAAACGACAAAAGCCUUUCCCAACAUCCUGCACCUCUGCGCCAAAGGUUCCCAUUGCCUCUGGACAAUAUGAAAUCUGACUGACAAGUAUUUUGAGCCUCGUUGGAUUCUCUAGCUAUAAGCGCUUUUAAUAAUGUAAAGACUGAAAGUGCCAAUUGCAGCAAAGGAAUUGACACAUCAUCGCUAAUGUUCACAGCUUCCAGAGAUGACAAGUUGUUCACACCAAUGUCCCAUCGCAAAAGAUGAGAAUAUUCAGCAAGUUGAGUCAUCAAGGAUAAAUCAGCAAAAUGCAUCAUCACUUCAACAACCACCCCGUUCAGAUUAAAGGCCCACAUUAUCUCUGCCUCCUCUUGGCCUUUCUCAGCUGUUAGCGCUCCUUGUAGUUACCUCUUCAUCAGUUGUCCAACAUGCGCCCUUCUCUCGCCACCGCAGUCCUACCACCCAGGACCCGUUCCCACAAUGCACCCAAUGUCGCAGUGGGUGGCCGUGAGCACCUGUCAGCUCCACGAAGGCGUAGCCCCCACCUUCGUCACACACUCAGUCCAGAAAACCUGCGAACUCUGGCCGAAAGGGGCGGGGCUGCUGUGGAUACCGCCUCUGUGGUUAGCAGCCCAAUCGGACUUCCUCGAGCUAACAGCGACACAGACUUGGUGACGUCACAGAGUCGCUCAUCACUAACAGCAUCCACUCUGGAAUAUACUUUGAACCGCGGCCAGAACCUCGUCAUAUCCUGGGAUAUCAAGGAGGAAGUGGAUGCUACCGACUGGAUCGGGCUCUACCACAUUGAUGAAACCAGUCCAUCCAAUGUGUGGGACUGUAAGAACCGAGGGGUUAAUGGCACCCAGAAGGGUCAGAUCGUCUGGAGGCUGGAGCCUGGCCCUUACUUUAUGGAGCCUGAGACCAAGAUCUGUUUCAAGUACUAUCAUGGAGUGAGUGGAGCCCUGAGAGCCACGACCCCCUGCAUCACCGUGAAGAAUCCUGCAGUCCUGGUGGAGGGUUUGGCAGAGCAGGUUGGCAUAGAGCAUCCACGGAAACUGAUCAGUUUCACUUUAACAGAUCUCCGUGCCACCGGCCUGAAGAAGGGCAUGUUUUUUAAUCCAGACCCUUACCUGAAGAUGUCCAUCCACCCAGGGAAGAGAAGUGUCUUUCCUGUCUUCAGCCACCAUGGGCAGGAACGACGAUCGGCUAUUAUUGCUAACACAACUAACCCUGUGUGGCACGGGGAGAAAUACACUUUUGUAGCUCUAAUGACAGACAUCCUAUACAUUGAGGUAAAGGACAAAUUCGCAAAAAGCCGACCAAUCAUCAAACGCUUUCUGGGUCAGCUGACUAUACCUGUGCAGCGGCUUAUUGAAAAAAUACCAGGAGUCCAGCCUGUGAGUUUCUCCCUGUGUAGGCGCCUGCCCACCGAACAUGUCAGUGGUCAGCUACAAUUCAAAGUGGAGCUCACCUCUACAGGACCUGAUGGUGCCUCUCCUGAUUCUAUUAUUGGGAUUUCAUCACUGAACGGCGCUCCAGGGACUCCAUCUGAUGAUGAGGAUUUGCCCCAUCAUCUUCCAGGAGUGGUCUCUGCAGGACCCUCACCUACAGGGUCCCAGGGCUCACAAGGAAUGUGGGAAGGCGGGGCCACGGCCUGCCCAGAAAAAGACCUGUCCCUUGUGGGAGCUGAGGGCAGAUUUGUGGAGCCCGAAAGUCUGUCAGGCCAUGAAAUGCUCCAGAGGUCCCUCAGUGAGGGCCUGGAUGCUAUAGAGGCACCCAAGGGUCCAGGUGAGAGACCUCUAGGAGCUGCCUCCCCCAAACUACGUUCUAGUUUUCCCACACACACAAGGCUCAGCGCUAUGUUACACAUUGAUUCAGAUGAGGACGAUGAGAGAUCCGGGGCUAAUGACAUCACUCCGGUGCCGCUGUCACCGCUGCUGAUGAAUGGGGACCCUCCAGAGGUCAGCGGCCUUGAUGAAGACGACCCAUUUCCAGAGCUUCAGCUGGAGGCAGAGCAGCUGGAUCGCUCAGUGCUGGAGGAGGAACCUGAGGGUACUGGAGCUGUGACAGAAGGCUUGCCUCCUGAGAUCGAGGUGGCUGAAGAGGUGGAGCCGGGUCUGGACAUGGAGGAGCCAGAUGUCUUCUCUGAAGUAGAAGAAGCUUCUUUUGCAGAAGCUGUGACCCAUAAUGCUUUGCAAGAGGGUGUAGAUGUACAUGAGGAAGUAAGGGGGCCUGGGGAGGACCCAUCAUCAGAGAUUGACACCUGCUCCAUGGCAACAGCCCCACAGACAGUUUUUUCAACAUCAGAGAGCUGUCCCAUCACACUGACCACUGCUGUGGAGGCAGAGGAAGGAGCUGAGGCUGCCAUAGACCCAGGGGGGGACAUGGUUUCUGACACCCCACCGACAAACCAGGCUGUUGACGAUGAAGGCGGUGGGCUGGGAGCUGUCAGUGAGGUGGAAGGAGAAGCCCCUGUGGGGGGAGUGCAUGAGGAGUUGGAGGAGAUCACUGUGAGGAGGCUGAGCCUCCAGGCGGCUGGGGGUGUGGCCGAAGAACAGGAAGGGGAGGAGACAAAGGAGGUGGGGUCUGCGGAUUCUGAACAAGUUACCACAGAAACAGAUGGAGAGGAAGGUACCCACGUCAACGGACACCCUGUUCGCUCGCUUCCAUCUGUGCGACACGACAUCCAUCGUUACCAGCGCGUGGAUGAGCCGCUACCUCCCAACUGGGAGGCUCGGAUCGACAGCCACGGAAGGAUCUUUUUUGUGGAUCACGUGAACAGGACCACCACGUGGCAGCGUCCUACCGGUCCGCCAGCCCCGCAGGGCCUGACCCGGUCCAACUCCAUUCAGCAGAUGGAGCAGCUCAACCGCAGGUACCAGAGCAUUAGGAGGACUAUAACUAACAGCGAUCGGUCGGAGGACAGCCCUGUUGAUCUGCUUCCUGAACCGGAAAGUGAAUUGAUGCCCCAUUCCAUUUCUGAUUACCGUCGAGACAGUGCAGUGGGUCACUCCAGCAGUCGUUCACGUCUUUCUUUGCUGCUCCAGUCUCCCAGCGCCAAGUUCCUGUGCAGCCCCGACUUCUUCACCGUGCUGCAUUCAAACCCUAGUGCCUACCGCAUGUUUACGAGUAACACCUGUCUGAAGCACAUGAUCAGUAAGGUGCGUCGGGACGCUCACUACUUCGAGCGCUACCAGCACAACCGUGACCUCGUCACCUUUCUCAACAUGUUCUCCAACAAGCAGCUGGAGCUUCCCCGUGGCUGGGAGAUGAAGCAUGACCACACUGGGAAGCCCUUCUUUGUGGAUCACAACUGUCGCUCUACGACCUUCAUUGACCCCCGGCUCCCCCUCCAGAGUUCUCGCUCCACCGGGCUGUUGGCGCACCGCCAGCACCUGAGCCGCCAGCGCAGUCACAGUGCUGGGGAGGUGGUGGAUGACUCCCGGCAACCCAACCCCCCCAUCAUGCCCCGCCCCUCCAGCACCUUCAGCGGCUCCAGUCGAAGUCAGUACCACGACCUGGUGCCUGUGGCCUACAAUGACAAGAUAGUGGCGUUUCUACGGCAGCCCAACAUCUUUGAGAUACUGCAGGAAAGGCAACCCGAGCUGGCCAGAAACCACUCACUCAAGGAAAAGGUGCAGUUUAUUCGGAGUGAAGGAGUCAAUGGACUGGCUCGUCUCUCUAGUGAUGCUGACCUAGUCAUGCUGCUGAGCUUAUUUGAGGAGGAGGUGAUGUCAUAUGUGCCACCAUUACUCCACCCUGGUUACUGUUUGUCUUCUCCUCAGAGUUCCCCUGGUACCCAGCGAGCUAACGCCCGUGCUCCUGCUCCUUACAAGCGUGAUUUUGAAGCUAAACUGAGGAACUUCUAUCGAAAGUUGGAGACGAAGGGUUACGGCCAGGGACCAGGGAAAGUCAAGCUCAUCAUACGCAGGGACCACCUUCUUGAGGAUGCCUUCAAUCAGAUCAUGUGUUAUUCCCGUAAAGACCUCCAGAGGAGUAAACUCUAUGUCAGCUUUGUAGGCGAGGACGGGCUGGACUACAGUGGACCCUCCAGAGAGUUCUUCUUCCUGGUGUCCAGAGAACUGUUCAACCCAUACUACGGCCUGUUCGAGUAUUCAGCCAAUGAUACGUACACUGUGCAGAUCAGUCCCAUGUCUGCUUUUGUAGACAACCACCAUGAAUGGUUUCGAUUCAGUGGGCGUAUCCUGGGCCUGGCUCUUGUGCAUCAGUACCUGUUGGAUGCUUUCUUCACCCGACCCUUCUAUAAAGGGCUUCUUCGCAUCCCAUGUGACCUAAGUGACCUGGAGUUCCUGGACGAGGAGUUCCACCAAAGCCUGCAGUGGAUGAAGGACAAUGACAUUGAGGAUAUGUUGGAUCUAACAUUUACUGUCAACGAGGAGGUCUUUGGACAGAUUACUGAGCGGGAGUUGAAGCCUGGUGGGGCUGGUAUCCCUGUGUCGGAGAAGAACAAAAAGGAGUACAUCGAGCGGAUGGUCAAGUGGCGUAUUGAGAGAGGAGUGGCCCAGCAGACAGAGAGCCUAGUGCGAGGCUUUUAUGAGGUGGUGGACGUGCGGCUGGUGUCUGUGUUCGAUGCCAGGGAGCUGGAGCUGGUGAUUGCAGGCACUGCAGAGAUCGACCUGGCAGACUGGAGGAACAACACUGAGUACAGAGGAGGUUACCAUGACAACCACAUAGUGAUUCGCUGGUUCUGGGCAGCUGUGGAGAGGUUCAACAAUGAGCAGAGGCUGAGGCUGUUGCAGUUUGUGACGGGAACUUCCAGUAUUCCCUAUGAAGGAUUUGCAUCACUACGGGGCAGUAAUGGUCCCCGCAGGUUCUGUGUGGAGAAGUGGGGAAAAAUCACGUCGUUACCCAGGGCUCACACUUGCUUUAAUCGUCUGGACCUUCCACCCUACCCCUCCUUCUCCAUGCUCUACGAAAAGCUAGUCACCGCUGUGGAGGAGACGAGCACGUUCGGUUUGGAGUAAAAUCAGCUGGCACACUUGAGGUGUAACUCAAGCAAAAGAAAAUCCACCCUUCUCACUCAGAAGAGACGUGGAAAUCAAAAUGAAUAUUCCUCAAAAGACAACUAAGUCCCCCUGUGGAUAACAGCUGUUUUUCCAACUGGCUUUUCGUCACUCACCACAUGAGUUUUGUUUCAAUUCUCUGCCUUUUUCACACAUUUCUGACAUAAGUUGAGAAAUGAAUGUCUGGAGGACAGGUGGAAACAGGAAAGUGUACAAUACAGUUUUCUCUCUUCUUCUCACUUUGUUCUUUGAACCACAUGUGUGCUUUAUCUCCUGAGUCAUUAGCCUUGGUUACUGGAUUUAUCGCACCUCUUCCUCUCAUCUUCCUUUUCCAGCCUGCACCUCAGAGACAGCUGCUCAGAGACCACUAAAGCUCCCUUUUCCCUCUCUGGACCUCAAAACUGUGUCCUUCCUGAACUGGGGCUGCAGUGUUAUGAACUAUAACACACACACACACUAAUCACUUUUGCACAAAACCACACACAAACAUGUUACAUUUCGUUUUUAUGAACAGUGCAAAAGAAGACUUUUUAUCAACAUGAAAGAUGGCUGUUAGCUAAGGGAAGGCAAAUCUAAUACACAGAUAAACUUGCUGAAAUCAUUCUUAGACUUAAAGGAUCAAUAUGGGAGGUUUGUGUGUGCUCUGAUGCUUUCCUGAGGUUUGUGUUGGAGUCUGUAUUAUGCCAGAAGCUGGUUGUUUGUUGAUGUUAGCUGUGUCCAAUUCUAAAUUAAGUGAAGCUAGUUUAGUGUACUGUUACUGUUGCAAAGGAGCUGAAGAGAGGAACUUGGAGAACUUAAGAAAACUUAGGAGAAAAAGAAAAACUGACUAAAGUCUGCUCAUGCACCACAAAACAGCAAUCUAAAUGGUCUUGUAUUAAGGUUAAAACAUGCACAUUUUUCUUGGGGAGAUUUCGUUAAACUAGAGUAAAAUUAACCACUGAAAAUGUAAACAAAACCAAAAAAAAUGUUGAUGUCAUUCUAACAAAAACACUGUUAAAAAUACUGAUAAACUGAGAUGUAGAAGUGGUUAUACUCUUAAUGUAUGGCAAACAAUCUUCUUUGUCUGUUGGAAAAACAUAUUUUAGUUUGUUACUGGCAAGAUAUCACCAAGCAGCAACUUGCAGGGUGGAAAGAUGAAAACAAUGUGGAACAUGGAAGUGACAAAAACUGCAGUUCCUUGAAUGUACACUUGAGGUUGGCUCCAAAACUGAGUCAAUCCCCAUGAACCCCCUUGUGAAAAAGUGCAAAUUUACAUCAGAAAAUAGUAUAAUUUCCAUGUUCAUGAGAUUUAUAUAGGGUGUUAAUUUGUGUGUGUCUCAUCCAUUUGACUUAUAUUAAAACGUCAAAAUAUACAUUAAAGGGUACCUGUAAUGAAUUUUCAGUGCUAGCUAUUUCAAAAGGUCACCUAUAAUACUAGUGGUUCCAUCAGAUAACUUAUCUCAUAGCCCAUUGUCAAGUCUGCGUGAGUACUAAGUCACUGCUCCAUCAGUUAGGCAUGGUCAGAGACAUGUUUCCUCCUUCACAGGCUGUUCCAGCAUCGAUAGUGACGCAGUCUCGUAUUUCCUGAUUACCUGGGCUGUGAUGGACUGGUCACUGACCCCGUACAGCAGACACCAGCCUAAGAUGACACGUUAUCACCCAGUGCUGGGUCGUGUCCCUUGGACAGUGGUGGAGUGGUCCAACUCUUACGGCUGCACAA